CGUCUGCGCUUGCGCCUGCGCACUAGCGCUCGGCAGAGCUCAAGGGGGGGUGAAGAAGGGGCCGGCCUUCAAGCGACAGCGACGCAAGAUGGCAGCCACCACAGGCUCGGGAGUAAAAGUCCCUCGAAAUUUCCGACUGUUGGAAGAGCUGGAAGAAGGCCAGAAAGGAGUAGGCGACGGCACAGUUAGCUGGGGUCUAGAGGACGACGAAGACAUGACACUUACAAGAUGGACAGGGAUGAUAAUUGGGCCUCCAAGAACAAUUUAUGAAAACCGAAUAUACAGCCUUAAAAUAGAAUGUGGGCCUAAAUACCCAGAAGCACCCCCAUCUGUAAGAUUUGUAACAAAAGUCAAUAUGAGCGGCGUGAGUAGUUCAAAUGGCGUGGUGGACCCAAGGGCCACAGCGGUGCUGGCAAAGUGGCAGAAUUCCCACAGCAUCAAAGUCAUCCUGCAGGAGCUUCGACGCUUGAUGAUGUCA